AUGCUGGCCACAACAGUCACCCGCCAACAACACCAAGUCACGACGCCGCUGAAACAACUGCCAGCGUUCACCGCCUAUAUCACCCCUGAACUGGACCGCACCGACAAAGCCAUGAACGUGUUUAAUAUGCAAGAGCCGCCGUCGUCGCCGGAACCUGAACUCACCCCGCCCAAACAAGUGCUGAAUUGGGACGUGUGGUGGAAAAUCCUUAAUACGAUCCUCGGCAAGGAUAAACUCGCCAAGUUCGGCCAGUACUUGCUCCGGCUUGUCCUCUACCAUGCCCACACCACGCAAACCUACCUUAGCGACGCCACCAUGAACAUCGACAUCAUCAACUCCCGGUAUAAUGACCUGUCGAAAAAGCUCGAUUUACUCAAGAACUUUAUCAAACACCCGCAGAAUUUCAUGCUGAUUGUGCUUAUAUUCGUCAGCGACCGCUUCAUCCUGCGAUUCAGUGGGUUUGUCGGUGGGCUUCUGAUGUACCGUCAAUUCCUCAGGUUCGGUAAGACUCCCUUCAGAAUACGCGACAUCAUGGAAGAAGUGCAGACCGCGUUCAGAAAACAAGACCUUUCUAUGAUCUACAACCUUAAGUUUUUGGACGAGGUAAUCGCGUUGUACUACGGCAUUUUCGACGAGUUGAUGUUAUUGUUCAAACUCCGUUUCUACACCAGCAAACGCAUACAGGGCUAUGCCGCCCGCCACGAGCUGUUGGCAUGGUACUACAUGACGAUCUUGGCGUUGUACAACACCUACCACAAACUCUCAUCGCUUUCCCAGCGCGAAAUUGACUUGAAGGUCCAAAUCGAAGUGAAGCGUAAGGCGCGCCAGCUUCUGAAGCGCUUGUUAAGCUCGGGAGGCCACCUGUUGACCGGGAUUCGCACUGAGGCGGUGCUGGAAGCCGAUCUCACCCAGCUUGACGAAAUUCAAUUUAACAAGAACAACGCCUGGCUCGACGUCUACAAAAACAUUGCCGACCUCGUGUUCAACACCUACACGGUAUUCUCGUUACCCCUCCCUUUCCCCACCAUCCAGAUCUGGAUGGGGUUGGCUGCUCUGGGCUUGAGCACGGUGAAGAUUUAUAGAGAGACCAAGCGCAAGAUGCAGCACUGA